GUUGAUUCGGAAACGCUGCAGGAGCUGCUUCCUGCAACCUAGCAGCCUAGCUAAACACCUCCUGUGUUCCUACAGUAAACUUUGUCUCGGGGCUACAACGAUAAGGCUUUCAGUUCUCAGGCUGAAGGUUUGCGGCUGACAUGCGGUGACAGCAGGGAGCGAGCCCGGCCUGCUACGUUUUCACGCCCCUUUCAGAGGAGAUGACCGCAGCCGGAAGUUAGCUCGCUAGCCUCCACAGCCUGUGACAGCCAGGGACGAUUAUGAGGCUCGAGCUUCCGUUUUUAUGCUCAUUUUAAAUUAUCCUGUGGAAAUGGACACCGAGCCGAUUGUCAUUCGUAUAAAGACGCCCUUAGGGGACAUGGACUCGUCUGUGGACUACCCAUCUGUGCUGAACUUCAACGACCUGCUGGUCGCAAUCAGAGACGUCAUGCCCGAAGCCACUGUCACGGCCUUUGAAUAUGAAGAUGAGGUGGGAGACAGAAUUACUGUACGAAGUGAUGAAGAACUCAAAGCCAUGUUGUCAUACUACUGCAACACAUUGAAUGAGCAGCGCAUGAAUGGACUGAUGCCAGACCCUCUGCAGAUUUUUCCAAGAGCCGGCAAGACUCCAGGGAUCCGGAACAUACAUGGCCUGAAGGUUAAUACGAGACCCAGUCCAGCCAGCGACUGCACUCAGGUUGUCCCAGAGUCCUUAGCCAACAAUAGUUUAAAGAAAUCAUCUGCAGAGCUGAAGACGAUCUUGACGAACGGGCAGAUAAAUGCCCAAGACCUCCACUAUCAGGAGCAACUUGGCCAUGGAAACGGAGGAACGGUGUAUAAAGCGUACCAUGUUCUCAGCAAGCGGGUUUUAGCUGUCAAGGUGAUUCCUCUGGACAUCACCGUGGAGUUACAGAAGCAGAUCAUGUCAGAACUGGAGAUUCUCUACAAGUGCGAUUCGUCCUACAUCAUCACUUUCUUCAGUGCCUUCUUUGUAGAGAACAGGAUUUCCAUAUGUACAGAAUUUAUGGAUGGAGGAUCUUUGGACGUCUACAAAAGAAUACCAGAGCACGUUCUGGGAAGGAUCGCUGUGGCAGUUGUGAAAGGCCUGACGUAUUUGUGGAGCCUGAAGAUUCUUCACAGAGAUGUCAAGCCUUCCAAUAUGCUGGUGAACACCCGAGGACAAGUCAAGCUGUGUGACUUUGGUGUCAGCACACAGCUGGUAAAUUCUAUAGCAAAAACAUACGUGGGAACCAACGCAUACAUGGCACCAGAAAGGAUUUCAGGAGAGCAGUAUGGGAUUCAUGCCGACGUCUGGAGUGUGGGCAUCUCUUUCAUGGAGUUGGCUCUUGGCAUGUUCCCGUAUCCUCAAAUUCAGAAAAACCAAGGAUCUCUAAUGCCUCUCCAGUUACUGCAAUGCAUCGUUGAUGAGGACCCUCCAGUGCUUCCUGUUGAACAGUUCAGCGAAAAGUUUGUUCACUUCAUCACGCAGUGUAUGCGGAAGAACCCCAAGGAGAGACCUACACCUAAUAACCUUUUGGAUCACACCUUUAUAAUCCAGUACAACGAUGGGAAUGCCGAGGUUGUGUCGAUGUGGGUUUGUCGCUGUCUGGAGGAGAGACGAUCUCAGCAGCCUCAGUGACGCUGAUCCGAUGUCCUUCUGCCGUCCAAACAUUAUACACCUGGACAUUUGACACCGAGCCUUGGGAACCUACAAGAGCUUUCGGGGUCAAGUACGUCCACAUGCACUGCGAUAAUGUCUGGGUAGUGAUCGUUACAUUCUUUAUUUGAGGAUCUGUUUAUUUAAAAAGACUUAUGUGACCUGACACGGAGGAGCUUAUAUUCUGGGACAAUGUCCAGACGUCUCUGGCUAACAUCUUGUAUAGCAGAUGCUCUGCCAUGUUUAUUUUAUUUUAUUUUUUUCUGGAGAAUCCAGGAAUCCUGAGAACUGACUCAAAGGAUCAGAGACAGUAAACAACUUAACAAAAGACUGCAAACGGCUGACGGUCUCGCUUUGCUGAGCACAGCCUCCGAGUGAAUGUCAAGGUUUCCUCCUGUGAGAAACUCCCCAUCGUCUGUGCCUGUUUUUCCCCGCGCUGUCAUUUAUUACCUCAGCAACGUUAAGUUGUCAUUUGAUAGAGAUGUGCUUCUCGAUCAGAACAAAUGUGUCUAGCUAAAACCAAUAAGUUUGUAGGGGGAAAAAGGCCAGUUGAUGGUUUUGCCUCUGGGUUUUUUCUGCAAAGUGACGUUUUGUCAUCAGCUGAUAUGAAACACACAAUUAUCAGUGCAGAUCACUUUUAGAAGUGUGUGUGCAACAUGUUUUUUUUUUUUUUUGUUUUGUUUGACUCAGCAAAAAAUCAGCAAAUUCUGCAAACUCACCAUCUCUUCAAGAACCAGGGAGACUUGAAGAGAAGUCUUUAUUGCAUGGCUUUUUGAAGGAGAUGUUAGGAUGUUUGCUUUGUCUUCACAUUUUUCACUCAACACCAAGACACCUUUUUCAAUUUGCCUUCCUGGCCCUGUCCACCUUCUUCUGACUUUCAUGUUGGUUUUUACUUUGUGACCUGCUCAUCACAAGUUUAAUUUAACUUUAAGCUAUUUUAACACAUGGUUGCCUCAUAAUUAUCAAACCACUGACUUGACGGCUUGGGAAGGAGUUAUUUCUCAUCCAGCAUCCUCUCUCGUGUAUUAUUUUUUUAUGUCACCGAAAAGAAAAAAAAAACUUUAGACACUUUAUAACUUUCACUUAUUAAGCAACACUUGCGAUUUAUUUUUAUUCACAUUUUAACUAAAACGUCCCUAUUCCAAAAUCCAUCUGAAAAGUAUUUCACGCAAUGGUUGGUUGAGUUGUAAAGCUACUUAAAAUCCAAAAUUCAGGUUGUCUGGAAAUCUGAAUAUCAUAAAGACAAAUCAGUCUUUAGGUCUCCUGAGGUGUUAAGGAAGCCCAGGUUAAUUUGAUAGCAGCCGUCAGCUCAUCUGCAUAGAACAUGCAUGUGGCGACAGUAGAAGGGAACUACUCCCUUUAAACAGGAAGAGAAACCUCUAGCAGAGCCGUGUUAAGUUUGAGCGGUCAUCUGCAUUAUCUGACAAGGGUUUAAGAAGAUAGACGGACUCACUGCUCCAGGAGGUCCUGUGUUGAGGAAAACCUUAAAGUGAGUUCUGCUUUAGUAGCCUCAUCUUUACAAUCUUCUCAAGUCCGUAAUUAUCCCUCCUGCUAUCCUUUCUUCAACCACACCUUUUCCUUCCACUCAACUUUCCAUUAAUUUGCUUGGAUAGAACCCUGAACAGUCAACAUCUUUAGCAUCUGUCUUUUGUGGCCUACCCUCCUUGUUGAAAGUGUUAGUGACCGACUGCUGGAUAACUGUCAAGUCAGCAGUCCUACCCGUAGCUGCAUAGGCCCUUCGUGAUGCAACCGGGAUUUGAACCUGUAUCCCCCGUAUCAAAGACACAGACUUGGCACCCUUGAGCGCAGAGGAGCUCCGUGUGUGUUCAAUGAAUCUAUAUACGAGUUUCACUUUUUGACUUGAAUUAUUGAAACAUAUUAACGGACAUUUACUGGAGCCAAAAUAUAUAAACAAUAUUAUACUGAGAUGCUUUCUAAGGAAUUAUAUAUAUUUAUUAAAAUGGAAAGGGUUACAUUGCUAAAUAAAAUUUAAUUGGCCGUCUUCGUUUGAUUGAAUUGGCAAACUCUGUGGUUCUUCAGAGCUAUUUAAUGAUUUUGUUUCACAACAUAUAAAAAGGACAGUGUGUUAGAAUCAUAGAAAAAAUGCAGUAUUUACUUCAGAUCAGCAGAAAGAGCAACAGAUUAAACAUUUUUCAUCCCUUUCAGUUUAACGGUUUUAUGAUUGUAAAGUUCAUCAUUUUACUGAGGAUCAAUAUUAAAAUUCCCUCCAGUCAUUCAUCGUGUAUGAAACUUUAAUUGAAAAGGAGUAUAUUAUAAAUUAUGAUUCCUUUUGUUUCAUUUUAGUUUGUUUUAAAUCCAACCAUAAACUAGCGUUUAGAAAGUAGAUACACACAUUCAAAAUACAGUUGUUAUAAAGAUGCAAGUAUUCAUCUUGAACAAAACAAGGUCUUCCUUGUAAUUGUUAUGUGAUUAAACAACACAUCUCCCGUUUUAGGUUUAUCUUUACAGUAACUUCAACAUUUGUUUACAUGUAUUUGGCAUAAUUCAACUGUUUAAAAAGGAACGAUUAGCUGGAGUGAAAGGACGUAACAGCUUUAUUUGGUCUCUAAAUACUUGACCUUGGUUCGUUGCAGAGUUGGAGGGAAGACAUGAUACAAACACUCUGCUUUUAAUC